AUGCUUCCUCGAUUCGACUUCUGCCCCAAAAUCCCCCACAUUGUUGUUUUGCUGCUGGCUUUGUCAGCCAUGGCUAGCAGUGCCAAAAUCGCCAGUCCGUUUGUGGACUUUGCGGUCCAGCCGCUCCAGGGACAGAUGUGGGACCUAUACACUGCCCAUUUUCUAUUGGACACGACAGGUGGAGUCUCUGUCGGCGACUUUUUUGUGUUUUCGCUGGAGAGCGACAAUGAGCUGUUUACGCAGUCCUACGACACGACAAUCUGGUCUGGAGACGUCCAGGUGGGUAGACUGAGCUCCGACGAGGCGUGGAACUUUCGAUUCGACUUUGCUGAGUAUGUUGAAAGACACCCUGAUGCGAAGAUUUCAUUUUCCAUCGAGUUUUAUUUGGCGGAGCUGGCGCCCAAGUCGGUCAACAAAUGUCAACUAGAGGGGAAGAACAUAUUCAACAAAUACACUUCACCUUUUGUUGACAAAAUCAGCCAGUCCCAACUAAAUCCCAACUCGGUCAAACUAAAACUGAAGGAUGAAACCAAGGAGUUUCAGGCGACUCUCUUAGUCGAGAAACUGCAAGAUACCGAUAUGAAAAUGGUCAGAACGGCUCGUGGGGUAUUAUACACGCAAACUAUCAUGUUUCACAAGAACCAGCGUCACUUUGAGCUGUUUCUUCGCACUUCUCCUGGUCAAUCUUGGGUCGACUUUUCCAGUCCCUUUGACAGUUUGUAUUUUGUCGACAAUGACGGCAAUGUUGUUGAUUCCGCCAUCACUGCCCGUCCACGUGUUUCGGCUUCCAGAAUCCACCUCAAAAUUGUCAUCCCCUACAUGGACGGAGUGGCCGGGAUUUUUUUUGCGGCAACUACUCGACUUGGGCUCGAGCCGGGCGUGGUUCAUAUUUGCGCCACAGUAGCUGCUCAGGGCGAAGCCGCCACGCGGUGCCAGUCUCUCGGGUCGGGUCCGGACGGGGUUCCCGGCGCUCAGGGGUGGGUUGUUGGGGGCGAGAGUCUCGACGAUGCCGAAAAUCCAUUUCAGAGAAGGAAUAGGCAGUUUAAGAGAGAUAUCGAGAUUGGCGAUUCGAGCGACUCGGGCAGAAACCCGUCCAAUGGCAACAAUAACGGCCAAGGAAACGCUCCCGGGGGCUACUACGGUCAUAACAACGGGUUGGGCAAUGGACAUCACAAUGGCAACAAUGACGGCAACAAUAAUGGCAACAAUGACAAUGAAGCUGCGACGGGAUGGAGAGAGUUGGCAAGUGUCACAAGACCUGGUCCUUGGGUAAUUGGACCUGGUGAUUCUGUUGCGACGACGGCAUCAUACUCUCCAGGUUCUCCGACUCUUGGUGGAUCGGGUUCGGGUUGGGGCCUUAACCCCGUCCCCACCCAACCCGCCCCCAAACCGAUUCCGCCACUUCCCCGAACCCCUCUUCUGAAAACUACGGUCCCUUCUUUGGCCUCUGCUCCGGUUUGGGUCACUUCUCCGGUUUUGGCCUCAUCCCCAGUCACAGAUAUACCCCAGGCCAAUCUCGCCGGGUCUCUGCGAGUAGCUGUGAUUACAUUGUCUCUUCUGGUCUUUCUUGGUUUGAUUUUGGUCUUUUGA